AUGCAAAAUGUGCCAAGCCAACAGGAAUGCAGCAACCACAGGCGGCCAGCCAACCUCGUGCGCAAGCGCAUCUCGCGUUUGGGAAGCUCUUACGGAGCCCCCGUGUCUCGGGGGUUGUCUUGCAUAUGCAGGGCUUUGGGAUGGUGGUCUCGGCAGCCGGCCCUGUUGACUCAGUCCGCAGCUGUAGUUCCAGUAAGAACAAAAAAACGUUUCACACCCCCCAGUUACGAACCCAAAUACAAAACAGAAAAGGAGUUUCUAGAAUAUGCCCGAAAAGCAGGAUUGGUCAUUCCUCCGGAACGUUUGGACCGUCCCAUACAUGUGGCCUGCACAGCUGGUAUCUUUGAUGCCUAUGUUCCUCCUGAAGGUGAUGCUCGAAUGUCAUCUCUUUCAAAGGAAGGACUGAAACAGAGAACUGAGCGAUUGAAGAAGAAUGCAGCAUCACAAUUGUCAAUCCGGAAGAUAAAAGAAUAUGAUGCCAAUUUUAAAACAAAAGACUUCCCUGAAAAAGCCAAGGAUAUCUUCAUUGAAGCUCACCUUUGUCUAAACAACUCAGACCAUGACCGGCUUCACACCUUGGUUACUGAACAUUGUUUUCCUGACAUGGUCUGGGACAUCAAAUAUAAGACUGUCCGCUGGAGCUUUGUGGAAUCCUUAGAGCCAGCCCAGGUGGUUCAGGUUCGCUGCUCAAGCAUGGUAAACCAGAGCAACAUGUAUGGCCAGGUCACUGUACGCAUGCACACACGCCAGACUCUGGCCAUUUAUGAUCGGUUUGGCCGGUUGAUGUAUGGACAAGAAGAUGUACCCAAGGAUGUCCUAGAGUAUGUUGUGUUUGAAAAACAUCUGAUGAACCCCUAUGGGAGCUGGAGAAUGCAUGGCAAGAUUGUGCCAUCAUGGGCACCUCCUAAGCAGCCCAUCAUCAAGACGGUGAUGAUUCCCGGUCCCCAUCUGAAACCGAGGGAGAGUGAACAGGCACAUGGAGAGGCCCAUAAGCCUCAGCUAGUCUGAUAGCAAAAGUGACUCCUGGGGUGAAGCCUGGAUGACAAAGCUGCUAGAAGCUACGAAGCCAUCCAUCACCAUCACCUUGUUCUCUCCUGUCCAGUUCGGGUGUUUUCAUUAGGCUCAUUCUCACAACCAUGGCUGAUGACUAGGUCAAGAUGGGUGGCUGGCAUGCACAGCCACGACCUUCUUUUUCUUUCUAAAAUCAUAUGUCUAGCUACGAGUCUAUAUGAAAGGGAGUAUGUUUAAAAGAACAAGCAUCUGAUAACAGUUUUUUUCACAGCAGGGACUAUGGGAGCAAACUGGCAGCAUUCUUUUUCUGAUAAUGGGGCAAGGAUCAGAGUUUGAAAUAAAACACUAUUAGAGUAUUGGACGAGUUUUUGUGAGUUCUGGACAUUUCCCCUUAUUCAGGCUGAUAGUAGACCAGCCUUCAAAUGGUAGAAGUGGAAGAUGAACCUAGUUAUGAAUGAUAUGACUUCUAAAACAUCUAGACCUGGGAAGAAUAAUUAGUGUUUAUAAAACAGGCUAUCACUUAAAAGGGUCUUUUCUCUUAUACUGACUUACUGAAUCAGCAUUUGUAUUUUAUACAAGAAUAUAAAUCCAAGGAAAUAAUUUAUCAAUCGGCCUUUGGAUUAUAUCUUUCUUUUUUUUUUUUC